GCCCGUUUUCUCAAUUCUAUAUAUAACUACUUUGGGGGCGUACUAACGUAACGGCAUCGAACCUGACAUAUCCUUUUUGAGACUCGUCACCCUUCUGGAGAUCACAUCGCAGGAGCCGGAGUAGGCCCACCGACCCCCGGGAGUGGGAUGGCUGACUCAGAACGAGACCUUAUCGGUGAGGACUGGGGAUCUUCGCUUGUUAAAGAAGAGGCAGUUUUGUCUGUAUCAACUAGUAGCAGCAACCCCCCAGUCCAAGAGGCCAUAGACCCCGGUAGUCUCCAUAACCAUGGGGAAGCUCUCGGUGACUCAGCAGCCAUUGACGUACCCACUAUAUCCAACAAUGACACCUUAUCAAGAGAAGUCAACCUAUCGACAAUAAAAAACGAUGAUCAAGUUUCAGACCAAGGCAAGAUUCCGGUGAAAGUCAGUGAGAAACUCGCUAUCGGAGUGUGUUCCGGUGCAUCAGUCACUUCCACUCAUGGAGGCAUUCCUCCAGGAUGUCAUGCUACAGAUGUCUCAUGCAUAUCCGAGGGUCUAAAGAACAUGGAAUUUCCUAUACCGACAGGCAUGGACUGCAAGGGCAAGAAGGAGACCGAGUCUGGAGACGAUGUUCACCCGGAUAGCAGACCGACUCCUCCCGAGCUAAAUCGCAAAAGUUCAUCAGAGUCUGCGCCAACUAGCAAGCAAAAGCAGAAGCAGAAACAAAAAGCCGAACCACAAGGAGAUUCAGAGGCGCAUAUUCCCCACUCUUCGCCAACUAUAAGUGGUCCGAGCAAUAGCGAAUCUCCCGGCACCGAAGCCCCGGCCUUUCGACCGCUCGUUUACGGAGAGCCCGGCUGGGAAAAAUCAGCAGACAGGCCGCCGCAGAAGUUGCCGAUCCGAUUUAAAGAUGCCGUGGGCCGACAAUUUGUCUUUCCCUGGGAGAAGGUCAAAACUUGGCCGGGCAUGGAACGUCUCAUUCGAAGUUCCUUUGCUCAUGUGGAUGGGCUCGAAGCUCACGUGAACGCGGGACACUACGAUCUCCUCGCAUGCAUUCCCCAGCCCACGGGCCUCGGGUCCGGGAUGGCACCUCCAGGAGGAUCCAUACAGCCCUCAUCAUCCAUGCCAACGCCGGCAGAAACCGACUCAUCUCCUGGGAUCACGACGCCUGAUCUCCUGCUUCCGGCGGGCGCAUUUCCGUUCCUUCCUUCGCGGGACUCCGCUGUGAUUAUCCUUCCCGAAUUAUGGGAGGAUCUGAUCGAGCCAGGAGCAGCUGUGUUGAUGGCAAUGUGGCCAAUGGAGCUUCCACCGCCCCCACCACCACCGCUCCCGCUCCCACAACAUGCUAUGCCCCCAAACCCUCCAAUGUUGCCGGGGUUUAUUGGUCUGGCUGGUACGGGUCAUGGCAGAGGCCGCGGUGCUGGAAGAGGUAUGGUUCCAGGCAUGCCGCCUCUUCGCCCUCCUGGCUGGAUGGUCGAACUCCCAAAGCCAAAAGGAAAGACACGAAAACGACAGUAUGGUCAAUGAAAUAACUAGGGUUAGGUUUAGAGAUUUUACCGGUUACUUGGCCAUAUUGAAUGGGCAAGCUGUAAGGUAGUAAACACGGGUAUAGGUUCGGAAGAUUGGAGCAAUCUUAGGGGGGGCGGCAUAUGUCUUUCUGAGGGUCGCCAUUGCAUGUAAUAGUACAUCAUUCAUCAUCGGUCAUUCAUCAUUUCCUGGAGUUAUCAAAAUCCGAGGGGAUCCGGGAGGUUAUGUAGGUAGUAUAGGUAUGCACAUUGCCUACCUAUCUACCUACCUAAUACAUACAGCGACAUAACUAUCCAUAACGGAUAUUUCUAAAAAAUAUUAGCGAGCUCUCGGAUAGGGAUGAUCUUGGUUCGAUAAACCUCGGAUUUCUAGUGGGUUUGACAGGGCUUAGUUCAUACAACGGUAACGUUAUCAGGUCAGGUUUAGUGGAUACCUACCUAGCCUACCCUAGAACCCCGCGCCGCGCCGCCCCUGCGUUAUUGUCAGCUCAC